AUGCUAAGCAAAAAAAAAAAAAAACAUGCAGCAGAUAUUAGGAAAAGAUAUUUUACAUUAUCUCGUGCAUUUCAUGAAGACAAAGUUAGAGGCUCUGGAAGAGAAGUUACCCGCGAAGACACAAUUCGUUUUCAAGAGGCCAAAAAUGCCUAUGAAGUCUUAAGUGAUGAAAACAAACGGAAUGGUUAUACUCCUGACACUUUCAACUAUGAUGAAGAGGGCAAUCUCAAAAAUCAACCUCCUCCCCCUAAAAAUCCCCCUCCUAAAAAGCCAAAAGGACCACACCGAGUUUGUGCCGGUUGUAAUAAUGACAAACCAUUCGGUGAUUGUUUACUUUCAAGCACCGAACAAGAUAGUUUUGUUAAUCAAGUUAAGGGAGCUACUCCAGACCGGUUUCCCGCCAUUAAAGCGGAAGUAUUAACAGCUAUCGGCAAAAAGGGCAAUCCUCCUGACCCCCUUCAAACUCCCAAAAACAAGGCUAUCGCAGAAAUUGAUAGCGAACUAUUAAAAGAGCCAGCAGUUGCAACUUCGGAAUUAGAUACUAGCAACCAAAAUUGA